UUGUUUUGUUAGCUAAGCGUUGUCAUCUGCGGACCAUCACAUUCAUCUUGGAAAUUGUAUUAAAUGUAGCAUAUUAAUGGUUUGUGUGUAUUUACUAGUAUUAGUGACUAGUAGUCAGUUUAGUUUGUGAGCCUGACGAGUCUUUUUAAAUCUCAGCGUUCAUAAUAUCCGAGGGUUGAGAGUGCCACAGACCAUCCGCUCUAAGUAUGGCGACCGGAGGCGCCACUGGAGCAGCGCAUGUCGGUGAUAUUGAAGAGGAUGCAUCGCAACUUAAUUUCCCUAAAGAAUUUGAGAACGCGGAGACGCUGUUGAACUCCGAGGUUCACAUGCUUCUGGAACAUCGGAAGCAGCAGAACGAGAGCGCAGAGGAUGAGCAGGAGCUGUCAGAGGUUUUCAUGAAGACGCUCAACUACACAGCCCGUUUCAGCCGAUUCAAAAACAGAGAAACUAUUGCGAGUGUUCGCAGCUUGCUUCUCCAGAAGAAACUCCACAAGUUUGAGUUGGCCAGUCUGGCGAAUCUGUGUCCAGAGGCUGCAGAAGAGGCAAAGGCUCUCACGCCAAGCUUGGAGGGGCGUUUUGAGGAUGAGGAGCUACAGCAGAUUCUUGAUGACAUUCAGACCAAGAGAAGUUUCCAGUAUUGAGGAGGCUGAACAGUCCUUGCCCCACUGCCCCUUAGCUUGUUGAUUACUCCCAUGUUGUGACUGAGCACAAUGGUGGAAAUGGUGGACACCUCAAUCUCUUUACACACGACAUACUGCCCGGGUGUUUUGAUGAAUUCCUCUGUGACCCGUAUUGGAGAUUAGAGCAAGUGUGGACAAUUAAUUUUGCAUUCCUGUACAUAACAAAUACAUUUGACAAGUUUGUUUACUCAAA